ACGUACUCAAGGUGUCUGCCUGUACUCGGUUUAAGCGAAAGAAAAAAUGAACUGAAACAACAAUAUAGCAUUUUAACAUGUCGGAGCUUAUUGAUGGUUCACCACACUGCAAUGAGGAACACGAAACAGUGGACGUAACGGCCCAAUCAACAAAUCAUACUGGACCCCGAGAACCAGACAUGGAUGAGGAUAGUUUGGAAGGGGAUUCGGACUACGUGAAAAGUAACCCGUCUGAUUCACAAGAAGGGAAUUAUGAUGGGAAUGAUGAUGGGAAUGAUGAUGCAGGCGAUUUAGACAAAACAAAACCUGAUUAUGGCGCUUCCGGAUAUGACGAUACAUACAAACAGUCGUCUCGUUAUCAUUCUGAUUCUUUUGACUCCCUCAGCCAAUCAAAUUCAAGUACAAAUGAACAUUCGGAAUUAACAGCUCUCUUGCCCUCCACGGACGCUCAAGGUCAAAUGGAAUCAAAAUCGAGACUUCCUGUUAAAAGUGCAUCAUUAUUAAAUCGAAAAUCGUCUAUUCCAAAGAAAAAAGCAACAAAAGAUAUCAAAGUUCCAAAAAGCAUGACAAGGAGUAAAACAGUUGACUUGGCAAAGGGGGUUUCAACCAUGACGUCAAGAAAAAACUUACUCGCGGAGAAUCACAGACAUUUUCGAACGAAAAUCACAGUAUUCGAGAGACUGUUACAAGCCGCAUGCGAUUUGAAAAACGUCAUACUCUCCAUGAACAAGACUGUGAGGGCGAUGACUACAUGACACCUACUCAAAGAAAGGACCAGCUUCUAAAGGAUUUGAAAGUCCAAGUGAAAGAUUUAACAAGUGAGAUAGAAGCUCGAGAUUCACAGAUAGAGAGAUUGAAACAGGAUAUAGAUGAAGAGGCACGAAAGAUAAUUGAGCAGAAGAACGAGGAGGCAAAACAGCUUCAGUCUAACCUUGACAGCUUGCAAACUGAACACGAUGAUCUGAUGAAGUCCUAUCAGAAAUCCCUAUGUAGCAUCGUGGAGUUGGAGGAAUCUGUGUCCCACCUCCAUGAACGAAUUUCUAUUCAGGAGAAAAGGAAUGAGCGGCUGUACUUAGAGAUGUAUAAAAAGGGACAAGAGUCGGCCCAGUUCGAACGAAAUGUUGAGUUGGAGCGUCUCGCAGUAAAUUCCCAAAGUUCUAGUAUGACGAUGAAGGAGCUUAUCAGGAAAUUGGUCAUCACCGAGUCUGAACUGGCAAAAUGGCAAUCUCUUCGCCGCCAGGAGUCGUACGAGUCGGCAGAAAAACCUGAAACGGAAGCGGAUGUGACGUUGAAGUUUCUCAAGGACACUUUUUUUCAUUACCUGACGGAUGUGAAGGAGUCCGAUCGCUAUCUUAGAGCUAUGAUCAGAAUUUUUAAUUAUACCGAUGUUCAGAAAAAGAAGAUAUCAACAUGUGUCACAGAGAAACAAAACAAAAGUGCAUAAUUUCCCAUACCUAUUUUUUCUACUUUUAUCUAGUUUGAUAUUUUUUAUAACGUAUGUCUAUAUAUAUUAAUACUUGAAUAUUGUUGAAUUAUUUUUAUGAAUACUUAUUUCUUUAAAAACAAAUUUGCUACCAAAUAAGUAGUUGAAUGACUUCCGCACCAUUAAAGAAUAUCUAUGAUUUGUGACAAAGAAUGUUCUCAAUGUCAUUUUAUAGAUAUAAAUUGAUUCAAUCAGAUUAAAAGAAUAUACGUAAUUGUCACAGUAAAUUUGAUGUAAAAAAUGACGCAGGAUAAAAAGUAUCAAUGUAUUCCGGAUCAUCAUAUUGCCAUUUCUGUUGUUUACUACAAUGUUAUGUUAUUCAGAACCAUUCUAUUUUUCUUUAUCUCAGUCUUUAUGUCAUUCGUAUUAUAACAUAAUUAUAUCAUAUUAUUGUUUACAUAAUACACAUGUACAUAUGCACAUGCUACACUGUAGAGGAAAGUUUGAUUCAGCUUACAUUCGCUUGACAAUAUCUUCCAGCAGUGUUGAGUGGCUUUUCGUUGGUACUACUGAUCUUCUUUUAAACCUAAGUGUUCGCAGGGUUUACCUUUUCUUGAUAUUCGAUUAUAAACUGAAAAGUCACGUUUACAGGUGGAAAUAUUAUAAAAACAAGUCUGGCUUGAUAUAAACAAUCAAAAUAGAGGUGUGCUAGUUUUCCUUGUUGCAGGUUAGCAUGUAUCAUCCAAAGCCAUUGCUGAAUACUACUAUAUUUUAUUAGGACGUAAACAACUUUGCUGACGAAGUUUAUAUUUCGAUGAACACUAUAUACUAUUCUUUUUCUUUAGCAAUGUUCUCGAACUUUUUAUAAUAUUGAAUGUUUUACGCGGCAGUAAUUAUAUGUUUUGUUUAAGUGUCUGUUGGUUUGAGUGGUACUGUAUCUGCUUAAAUAUCUUAGAAAUUAAAAUAAAGUAAUUGACAAUUGCUGAUGUCUUCAAA